CCCCCGGAGACCUGGCAGCUGAGCCCCUGCAGGGGCUGCCAGGAGAAGGCGGAGCGAUCAGGGUCCUAAAGCUAACGGCGGUAGGGUCCCGCCACUGCUGCCUCCCCGGCUGCUAUUGCCCUCCCCGCCUAGCUUCUACUGGUCUCCUUCUGCCAAGGGUGGUAGGCACUGGGUCUCUCCCCACAUCUCUCCCUUGAGGCCAGGCGCCAGGUGUCGCCUGAAGCCAGACAGCCGGUUUGGGAGCGAGCCUGAGAAAAUGGCCCAAACAGAUGAGCAAAGAUGCAUCCCGCCGGAGCUGCCGGAAAUGCUGAAGAAGUUUGCCAGAGCCGCCAUCCUGGCGCAGCCGCAGGACCUCCUCCAGUUUGGGGUCGAUUAUUUUGAGGCCGUGUGCCGUGGAGAGAGUUCUCCGGUGAGAGAGCAGUCUGAGCAAGUCAGUUUGUGUAACUGGGCAGAAUUAACACCUGAGCUGUUAAAGACCCUGCAUUCUCGGGUUACCAGCAGACUGAUCAUCCGUGCAGAUGAGCUGGCCCAGAUGUGGAAGGCACUGAAUCUUCCAACAGAUCUGUUUAAUAGUGUGAUGAACGUGGGUCGCUUCACGGAGGAGAUUGAGUGGCUCAAAUUUUUAGCCCUCGCUUCCAGUGCUCUGGGAGUUACUAUCACCAAAACUCUCAAGAUAGUGUGUGAGGUCUUAUGUGACCAUGAUGGUGGGCCACCCCGGAUACCUUUCAGCAUGUUCCAAUUUCUCUACACGUAUAUUGCCAAAGUGGAUAGGGAGAUCUCUGCAUCACAUGUCAGCCAGAUGCUAAGCUACAUUGAGCAGGAAGUAAUUGGUCCUGAUGGUAUAAUCACAGUGAAUGACUUUACCCAAAACCCCAGGGUUUGGCUGUAGUAAAAGCACAAUUUUGGCAAUUUUAAGGGAAGAUACAGAGAUGACUGUACUUCAGAAUGACUGAAACCCAUAUACCCUCCAAAAUCAAUUUUCUUGUACAACUGGUACACACUAAUAAACAAUUAAAGAAACAUAUGAAGUCAGAAA